UGAUAGACAAUUGUAGCGUAAUAAUACAUUAAUAUGCCUUCUGUCAGGUUGUCACUAUACAUAUUCAAUACUCAUCUAUUUUCGCAUAGUAUCAAAGGAUUAUUAUUAUUAUGCCUCCGGCUCGUGCACUAUGUAUCAAACCCUGACUACUAUUUAGGCAUAUUACAUGCACAACACAACACUAUUAUAUAAAAAUCAACAUCUGUUGGAAUGUCAUGGUCGUUUACAGAUAUUCAAUUAAAGAGGUUAUGAUAGAAUUAUAGUUAUACCGCUAUGGGCAUUGAUAUAUUGAUCACGCCCGACCGUAUUUGAUCAACUUAUAAUAUUCAAAGAAUGAUUGCUUAUUUCUAAUAUUUAUAUAAUUUUCGAUAAUUGAAUGAUUAAUUUUUUCUAAAUAAAACCUCGUGAUUUAAAAUUUAAAUGACAAUAACAUUCGCAGGGGUGGUAAAGCUUCCGUGUUUUUUUUAAUUAAGGCAACAUUUUUUUGUAUCCUGGUUAAAAAUCAGUUCCUUUUAAAUAUGCCAUUGCUUGCUCAAUAUUCACUCCAUGUGGCUGCUCCUGAUUUUAGCUUGUGUGCUUGGUUGCGCUGGAUACCAAUUCCAGAUGAAAGAGAAUGAGACUGGGCGAUUUGUCUAUACAGGCAACAAUGGAGGGCAUCGAUACUGUACAACAUGCGAAACGGGACAAAAUGACGCCAUAAACAUGAGAACUCAACAAUCCGAGUGCAUUGAUCAAAACUUCAAAGUCUCAAUGCCCGACGGCAGUAAAGAACCAAUAUGUAAGGAGGGCGUUUUUGACGCCAUUAUACCAGGUUGUGGUCCUUUACCAGCAUCAGACGGGCUUUCUUGGAGGACAAAGUCCGGUAGACUCAUACAGGUCAAAAGCACUGUGUAUGAGGUGUACUAUCCUAUAUGUAGCCAGAAUGGCGUCCUUAACAGAGACCUACAGAGUAUCCGGUGUGGUGAAGACUUGGGAUGGAACGCCAGCAUACAGGGACUGCGAUGUCUUUAUGGUUGUGGACCUUUCCCAAAUGGUUCGAAGUGGAGGCUGCAGAAUGGAAGCGAGGCUGGAAAUGAAAGUUUGGUGGGAGAGACUUAUUUUGGUAAAUGCUCGCCUGGUCAUAAACGAAGUAUAGUGAUGUACUGUGGACCAGAUUCGAAAUGGCAUACUAAUUAUUCUACACCAUGUGAGACAGACAAAUGUGAACAGUGGUAUUGUAAUGUAGAAAGCCUUAUUGCAAUAGGGUGUUCGCUGGGAGCAUUUGUUGGAAUACUCAUAUUGAUCGGGUGUAUUUACAUGCGCUGUUGUGGAAAUUUGCCGCCGAAGGAACCCGAGUGGGAUCCAUAUGAACUUGUGUCCUUGACAUCGAAUGAAACUAUUCGAGUUUUUCAGGCAUUAUGCUCAGGGACUAAUAACGACGGGAUUUUUCAGUUUACAGUGCAGAAAGGUGAAACGGUUUUUAUUGCCACCAAAGAGAAACUGAAUGGUUCGGAUUGUCUCCAAAUAUGGCGACAGGAUCCCGGUUCGUAUCGAGGCGUGGAAAUGCAUCCCUUUCUGCACUGCAUCUCCUGUGUGGAUAUUGGGGACUCCGGGGUGUAUUAUUGGAGAACCGCCUUUUCGUCAAAGGAACGUUACUGUCAUUUCAAUCUUAAAGUGGUCGACCGCGGGCAACCGGAUGGUUUGGAAUUGUCUGAUUUGAACCUUUUGGCGAGUGCAGGCUCUAGUGGAGAUGUGCAUGAAGACCAAACUGAAUAUCAUUCUUCUGUAAGUAAUCCUUGUUUGGCUGGGUUAUGUCCAUCUUUGAGCGAAGCCUCUUUGUUGACCGAGGAUAACAAAGAUGAACCAGUCUGCGGGUUACAGAUAGACACCAUGUAUCGAGAUCCAAUCUGGGAUACCUUCCUGAAGUAUUUGUGUUACUGUCUCAAUAGUUCAGCUUCAGGUCGAGAAUGUGCAUGUUGGAGGGAAAUAGCCAAAAUGUACCUUAAACGGACGGAUGCCUAUCUUUCUAGUAUUGAAUGGUACAAAGAGGGUGAUCCUGUUAACGGCCCAGCCUACCUAAUCCUAAACGACGUCCGGAGAGCGUACCGAGCCAUUACCAUAGGCCAACUCGCAGCGAAUCUACAACCGCCAAACUUAGACCUAAUGAACUGCAUCAACAGUUUUCACCACGACUGCACUUUUUGCACUCGUCUUUAUUACCGAAUGCAUCAAACAAGACCAAAAGAUGUCCAUGGAUAGUAAGAGGGGUCAUUGUAUCCCUCUGCUGUUUUUAAGGGACGUUGAAUGACAAUUUCUGAGUUGUCUCCAAGCACCACAGUCGGGCUCUUCGAGGUAUACGAAUAGGGUCCACGCAUAAGGAAGGAGUCGGCCUUAUUUCUCUGUUCUGAGACAGAAAGAGCGGUGAUUUAUUUCAUAUAAUUGACUCUUUUUUAAAUAUUUUGACAUUCAAAGGGAAGUUUACCAGAUUUUCAACUACAGUCAGUUGACAUCUCUACAAUCUUUGGAACUUCCGAUAGGAAAGCAGAAUACCAUCCAAUCAGAAAGCAUGAUUCAAAUGUUUUGAACACUGAUUUGCAUAAUAUAUAACUUUUGUGCUGUUGUUAAUACGCUUACCAGCUAAUGAAUAAGAAUCUACAUAUCAGUAAUACGCUGUAAAUGUGAAGUGUAACGUUAAUUGACAUUAAUGUUAAAUGUGAGUUAAUGCUUUAGACUUAAAUAAAAUCAAACAGACGUGGUUUCUUUCUGUUCUUCUACAGUA